AUGUCCACCCAAAAGGCCGUUAUUAUUACCGAACCUAAGACCGAUGGUCUGGUCUCGGAUCGACCCAUCCCCACCCUCCGUGAUGAUUAUAUCCUCGUGAAGAAUGUGGCGGUUGGUCUCAACCCUACUGAUUGGAAGCAUGUGGCUUAUCUUGCUCCCCCUGGAGUCCUCGUGGGAUGCGAUUACGCCGGUGUCGUGGAGGCUGUUGGAAAGGAUGUCAAGAAGCCAUUCAAAAAGGGAGAUCGUAUCUGUGGAUUUGCCCAUGGCUGUAACUCCGUUCAGCCCGAGGAUGGAACCUUUGCAGAGUACAUUGUGGUCAAGGGAGACCUGCAAAUGAAAAUCCCUGACAAUCUCAGUUUCCAAGAAGCUGCUACUCUGGGUGUUGGCAUCGUUACCGUGGGACAGGGCCUCUACCAGAGUCUUAAGCUCCAGCUCCCAUCAGACCCCGUCAAGGAUGCUACGCCUAUCCUGAUUUAUGGAGGUUCAACCGCCACCGGCACUCUCGCCAUCCAAUUUGCGAAGCUCUCUGGAUACACCGUCAUCACAACCUGCUCUCCAAGGAAUUUUGACCUGGUCCGUUCGCUCGGUGCUGAUGCAGUCUAUGACUACAAGGAUCCCAAUUCGGCCGCCGAGAUCCGCAAAUUUACCAACGACAACCUCAAGCUCGUUUUCGACUGUAUUUCUCUCGAGUCCAGUGCUGCGUUCUGCGACAAUGCCAUCUCUACCACCGGCGGCGAGUACAGCGCCCUUUUGAGCGUCAAGAUCGCACGUGCGAACGUCAAUGACCGUUUUACUCUCGCCUAUACCACUGUUGGUGAAGCAUUCAAAUUUGGUGACAUCCCCUUCGAGGCGAAGCCGGAGGACAAAGCGCAUGGCGAGAAAUUCGUUGAUAUUGCUCAGUCUUUGCUCGAGCAGGGCAAGGUCAAGGUCCAUCCCCCCAAGGUUGGCAAGGAUGGCUUGAAGGGUGUCCUAGAGGGACUGCAGCUGUUGAAGACUGACCAAGUCAGUGGCGAAAAGCUUGUCUAUAAUGUUUCCGAGACUCCUUGA